CGUUUCCGUUUCAGAAUUGAAUGUGGCACCUCAAUAGCAAGUGGAAAACCCACAACAGCACACAGCAACAUUAAUAGUCUCACAAACAACAUUGACCGAAAACGAAAAAAUCCAAUUGCUACUUACGUGUGUUUAUUAUCUUUACCCACCUAACUCUCUUUCCGAUCAAUAACUAAUUUGCUCAACUAAAUGAGUUGCUCAUUUAAGACUUUCAACAAACACCUCGCACUCCUCUGCUUCCAUAAGUGCAUCACCUCUUAUGGUUUCAUACCUUCACUUUCUCACUUUCUUCCACCGCUUCUGAGCUCGCGUUCCUCUCAGCUUCUGCAUCACUUGGCUUCUCAUUCUGCUUCAGUUAUGGAGGUGUUCAAAGCAGUUGCCAAGAACGAACUUGCAACUCAUGGAAGUGUUGCUAUCAGAGCUGACCAGAAGAGUUAUAGUUACAGGCAACUAAUCUUGUCCGCAGAGAAGAUAUCUAAUAUAUUGUGUGGCAGUGAUGUAAAGACAGGAAACCUUAGGGGAGCUCGGAUAGGAAUUGUAGCCAAACCCUCUGCCGAAUUUGUAGCUGGAGUACUUGGGACUUGGUUUAGUGGAGGUGUUGCUGUUCCACUUGCACUAAGCUAUCCAGAACCAGAGCUCUUACAUGUGAUUAAUAAUUCGGAUGUGUCCACAAUACUGAGUACUGAAGAUCAUAGUGAAUUAAUGCAAAACCUUGCCAAUAAAACCUCUUCUCAGUUUUUUCAUCUCCCACCUGUUCUCGCUAAGCCCUCAGAGAAAAGCAGUGAUGAAGAUUCACAAAAUGGGGAAAUUGAUGUUGAUAGAAUUUUCCGGGACAAUAUUGGAAAACCAAGUGAAGAUCCAGCACUGAUUUUGUACACAAGUGGGACAACAGGUAAACCUAAAGGAGUGGUUCAUACUCACAGAAGCAUUGCUGCCCAGGUCCAAACCUUGGCAAAUGCAUGGGAGUAUACAUCUGCUGAUAAGUUUCUACACUGCCUACCGUUGCAUCAUGUUCAUGGACUUUUCAAUGCUUUAUUUGCCCCUCUCUAUGCAGGAUCCUCGGUUGAAUUUAUGCCAAAAUUUAGUGUGAGGGGAAUUUGGCAGAGAUGGCGUGAGUCAUAUCCAUCUGAAGGAUCUAAAGUUGAUGAUGCUAUAACUGUUUUCACUGGAGUUCCAACUAUGUACACCCGGUUGAUACAAGGUUAUCAUGCAAUGGAUCCUGAGCUACAAGCCACCUCAGCAUCUGCUGCAAGGAACUUGCGCCUUAUGAUGUGUGGGUCCUCUGCACUCCCUCAACCUGUUAUGCAAGAAUGGGAAGCCAUCACCGGGCAUUGCUUAUUGGAGCGAUAUGGCAUGACUGAAUUUGUCAUGGCAUUGUCAAAUCCUUUGAAAGGAGAGCGGAAACCAGGCACUGUUGGCAAACCAUUUCCUGGUAUAGAGGUCAAGAUUCUUUCAGAUGAGGACAGUGGGAAAGAAGAGACUAAAGUGGGGGAGCUUUGUGUUAAAAGCCCUUCAUCUUUUAAAGAAUAUUGGAAACUUCCAGAGAUAACGAAAGAAUCAUUUACUGAAGAUGGAUUCUUUAAGACUGGGGAUGCAGUUACUACAGAUAAAGAUGGAUACUACAUCAUUCUAGGACGUACUAAUGCUGAUAUAAUCAAGGCUGGUGGCUACAAACUAUCUGCCUUAGAAAUUGAAUCAGUUAUACUAGAGCAUCAAGCUGUCGCGGAAUGCUGCGUUUUGGGCUUACCUGACAAAGAUUAUGGGGAAGUUGUCGGUGCGAUUAUUGUACCAGAUGCUGAUGUCAAGAGAAAGCGAGAUGAAGAAUCAAAGCCUGUUCUAAGCCUGGAAGAGUUAUCCAGCUGGGCCAAACCCAAAAUUGCACCUUACAAGAUACCUACAAAACUUUUUGUUUGGGACUCACUCCCUCGCAAUGCAAUGGGGAAGGUAAAUAAAAAAGAGCUGAAGAAAAUGCUAGCUUCGGAACAGUAAAUUCCAUAGCAUUAUUUAAGGUGGUGCCAUUCUCAAAUAAAACCGAAGGAGUUGUUGACAUGAAAAGAGAAAGCCUAAGUAGGAUAGAUUAUUUUAGUUUAGCAUUUUAGAUUCAUUUAAGAAUCAAUGAAUGCUUUUUUAUAUUGUUUCUUAUUAUUAUUUUUUGUGAACUAUAUUAUUUAUUAUGUAAUAUUAGAUAAUAACGUGAGCCAUUCAUGUUUUAGGAAAUAGGAAUGCCUAAUUUCUAAUUUCCCACAUGUCAAAAACAAAAAUGCUAUUCAUGCAUCAAAAUCAGCCACCAAUGUAUUUGUCUAUAAAUAUAUGUGUGAUUUAAUUUA